UGGGAUUUGGGUGCUGAGACUAAGGCCCUGCACUGGGGUGCCCAAUCCCUUUGGCUUUCAUAUCGCUGUGCAUGUUCUUCCACAUGGGAGCUGCUGCUGGAGGCCAAACUGGGAACCAAAACCGCACAGCCAGGGGGUGUGUUUGUGGAAGGAGCCUGGGAAAUUAGGGAAACUGAGUGAAAUGCAAAGUGGUGAAAUUCUAAGCUGUGGUGGUGAAAACUCCACUCACGCAGGCUGGUAAUGUGCCUACCUCACCUGAUACCAACAACACCAUCCCCGCCCUCAUGGGUAACCUCAGCAAACUGGCCAGACUUCAAGUGACAUAAUGAUGUAAAAUUUGUCUUAUGAGACACGGGCCCUGCAGCUCCAGUAGUUUUCCUAAUGCAUGGCUUUUGGAGGACCACAGAGCAUGCUGGAUGGGCUGGGAGCAAAGACCUGCCCUUUCUAGUCCCCACAAAUUUCAGAUCUCCUCCCCCAGCCUCUCUCCACCUUUCAUGUUUCCUGUACUAACCGUCCAGCCACAGUCCAAACAGGCUGACGGCAGCCUCUCUGGAAGCUGCUGUAAAGCUCCAGGAGUCUCCUCUGCCUUCGUGGCUGCAGUAACAAACCUGAAAACUGUCCUCAUCCUCCUGGUUCUGGCGCUAGCCACAAUUUUUGCUUUGGUUUGUGUGUUGCUGACUAGAGGAGUGAAACCAGCCAGUUGUGAGCCGCAGAGCCUGAGCAGCCAGGAGGGAAAGCACAGCGACCAGAGCCUGGUCUUUGCUGAUCUGACGCCAGAAGAAAUGGUGCAAGUGGUGAGGUACCUGCAGCGCAGCCUUGGGGUGCCAUUGGUAGACGCCUAUAAUGCAAACCCCUCUGAUAACUGCAUUUACUACGUCGAUGUGCAGCUCCCCACCAAGGCCAAGGUGCUGGGGUUCUUGGAUCGUGGGGGCAGGCGACCCCCCCGGCAGGCGCUGGCUGUGGUGUAUUUCGGAAACCAACCAGAUCCGAAUGUCACGGAGUACGUGGUGGGUCCCCUGCCAAAGCCAACAACUCACAGGGAUGUCACCAUGCGGAAGUAUGGAGGGAAGCUGCCAUAUCACCGCAGACCAGUGACUGAGAAGGAAUACAAGGAUAUUGACCGCUUUGUCUACCAGGAGUUCUCCAAAGCACCAGGCUUGCUCAGAGAGUGCUGUGAUUAUGAUGAGACCAAUUUUGCUACCCUCACCUCAGUUCCUCGGGGGUUCCAGUCAGGAGAUCGUGCCACCUGGUUUGUUCUAUUCCAGAACGUGAAUGGCAGCGGCUACUAUCUGCACCCAGUGGGGCUGGAGGUGCUGGUUAAUCACAGCAGCCUGGAUGCCUCCCAAUGGAGGAUAAGCAAAGUGUUCUAUAAUGGCCAGUACUAUGAAGACAUGGAGCAGCUGGAGACUGAGUUCAUACAAGGCCAUGUGAAAGAGGUAAAAGUUAAGAAAGUCCAACCUGAUGAGGAAUUUGGUUCCAUGAGGCCCAGAGCAGCCCCCAUGGCACCAGGCCCUUUGCAAUAUGAGCCUCGUGGGCCCCGCUACAGCAUCCAAAACAAUCACGUCAUCUUCCAGUCCUGGAGUUUUGCCUUUGGGAUGGAUGUGAAUACAGGACCACGUCUCUUUGACAUCAAGUUCAAUGGAGAGAGAAUUGUCUAUGAGCUGAGUCUCCAAGAAGCCCUUGCUGUCUACGGCUCUAAUUGUCCUGGAGGGAUGGUGACUAGAUAUAUGGAUGCGAGUUUUGGCAUCGGCAAGUCUGCUUUUGAGCUGGUCCGAGGUGUUGAUUGCCCCUACACAGCCACCUAUGUGGAUAGACACUAUCUAGUUGAAUCAGAGACCCCUAAACUUAAUAAAAACUCCAUGUGUAUUUUCGAGCAGGACACUUCAGUCCCGCUGAGGCGUCAUUAUUCCAACUUGCAGUCCCUGUACUAUGGCGGUCUGACUAAAUAUGCUCUUGUUCUCAGAGCCAUUUCAACUCUCAUUAACUAUGACUACGUUUGGGACUUCAUAUUCUACCAGAACGGAGCUAUUGAAGUAAAAAUCCAUGCCACUGGCUAUAUUAGCUCAUCCUUUUUCUAUGGCACAGGCACUGAACAUGGCAGUCAGGUUGGGGAACACACCCUAGGGACAAUACAUAACCAUUUCAUCAAUUAUAAAGUGGACUUGGAUGUUGGAGGAACAAAGAAUUCUCUGGUGGCUCAUGACAUGACAUUCGAUACCGUGCAGGCUCCUUGGAGUCCAGAGCACCAGAUACAGAGGCCACGGCUAACCAAGAAAGUCCUGGACACUGAGGACAAGGCUGUAUUCCCACUUCACUCCAAGAUCCCCAGAUACGUCCACUUCACCACCAACCGUGAAAAUAAGUGGGGACACCAGCGCGGCUACAGGAUCCAGAUAGUCAGCUUUGCUGGGGACCAUCUGCCAGAAGCCAGUUCCAUGGAGCGGUCCAUCAGCUGGGGGAGGUACAAACUGGCCGUCACCAAACGAAAAGAGGAGGAGCCGACCAGCACCAGCAUCUACAACCAGAAUGACCCCUGGACGCCCACCGUGGCCUUUGCUGACUUCAUAGACAAUGAGACCAUCGUAAAUGAGGACCUGGUUGCCUGGAUUUCUGUUGGCUUCCUGCACGUCCCGCAUACCGAGGAUGUUCCUAACACGGUGACUGUGGGGAACGCAGUCGGCUUCUUCCUGAGACCCUACAACUAUUUUGAUGAAGACCCCUCUGUUCACUCACCUGACAGCAUCUAUUUCAGAAGUGACCAGGACCCCAGCAUGUGUGAAGUUAAUCCUGUUGCCUGCCUGUCAAAGACAGCCUCGUGCUCACCAGCCCUGCCCGCAUUCACCUACAAUGGCUUCCGGAACCAGACAGGUCCCUGAGCCACUGACUGCAGGGUCUUGUAAGUGUGCUAGUGAUCGACUGUUCAUUGGGCCAUGUGCUCAGGCUUCCAUCGAAAGCAGCAGUCAGCCCUGGCUCACUGACACCAUAGACCUGUAGAUGGUUUAUACAGGGCUGUCCUUAGGCAUACGCAAUAUACACAGCUGCGUAGGGCACCAAGAAAUCUGGGGCACCAAAUUGCCCCAAAUGUCAUGGUGCCUUAGGCAACUGGGUGCUGCAUACACGACAGCACUAGUCCCAGUGACCAGCCCUAUCCCUUGGCUGGCACCACCUGCAAGGGGCAGGGCCAUCUCUAGGGCAGGGGCGGCUCCAGCACGCCAAGUGCAUGCUUGGGGCGGCAUGCCGUGGGGGGCGCUCUGCUGGUUGCUAGGAGGGCGGCAGGCAGGCAGCCUUCGGCGGCAUGCCUGCGGAGGGUCUGCUGGUCCUGCGGCUCCGGUAGACCGUGCCUGUGGGAGGUCCACCAGAGCCGCGAGACCGGUGACUGGCAGAGUACCCCCCGCAACAUGCCGCUGUGCUUGGGGUGGCGAAAUGCCUAGAGCCACCCCUGCCCUAGGGGGUGUGGGGCCCUGGACAACUCCCUCCACCCUGCCUCUUACCCUCCCCCCUGCUCUGCCCCUGGCUCACCCCCAUUGCACCUCUUUCCCCCAGUGACCCUGCACUCACUGGCAGUGGCGGGAACUGGAGCAACGCGGCCCCAGCCCACUCUACUCCACCAGCUCCCAGACUAGUGCAGCAGUCAGGUUCCUGGCAUGUUGUCAGCAGGGCCCUCAAUUGGACAAAGUUUGAAAUACCUCAUGUUUAAUUAAAGUUUUCCCAGGUCCCUUUUGAUUCAACAGAUACCUAGUGACCUGGUGCAGAGUUGCAGUUUAUCUAAGAGUGUGUAUAAGAAACUUAGACACAGAAGCUCUGAACACUCACUAGACAAGACCUGAUAUAGCUUCAAGCAAAACAUUCACUAGCAAGCAUCUGUCAUCUUCUCACAGGCCUACCAAGGAGCUCAGGUUAGAUGUGCAUUCAAGACCAAUUUUUAUUUCCUGUAACAUUUCUGUAUUGCUACAAGCUCUGUAUCCUCAUUGGCUUAGGUAUAUGUCAGUCAAAAUAUUACAGCUGUCAGUACCUUCACAUAUAUUCAAUAGUUACACAUAUGUCCACAUUAUAAAACACAGGAAAAGAUGUGCUAAUAAGAGGUAAGUUACAGCAGCAUCAUUUGGAAAAGGUUUUAAAAAGUGCUAAUGGCUUUAGAAAUGUCUUGCUUUUGUCUCCUGUUUUGUGUUGCUGUAAGGCAGGGGCUCUCAGCCUCUCCAGACUACUGUACCCCAUUCAGGAGUCUGAUUUGUCUUAUGUACCCCAAGUUCCACCUCACUUAAAAACUACUUGCUUACAAAAUCAGACAUAAAAAUACAGCAGUGUCACAGCACACUAGUACUGAACAAUGACCGACCUUCUCAUUUUUACCAUAUAAUUGUAAAACAGAUCAAUUGGAAUUAAAAUAUUGUCCUUAGA